AUGGGUGUUAACCCGCAAUCACUACGUGGGUCAAACACAGGUGUCUAUGUGGGAGCUACACACACUAAUGCAGGUGAAGGAUACCCAGAUUAUCCACAAUCGGAUGUGGACGGAUCGAUUGAUAUAGCCCUAUUUCAAAUAUUGCAUAGUUCACAACAUUUAUUCGCAAAUCGUAUAUCAUUUGCCAACGACUUUAAAGGACCUUCACUUAUGGUGGACACCGCUUGUUCAUCCAGUUUAUCAGCAAUGACAUUAGCCUAUAAUGACUUGAUGCUAGGCAAUACGGAUGCAGCGAUAGUCUGCGGCACUUAUAUGGUGUUUCAGCCGUUUUUAACUGAGAUUCAAGUAGAGGCCGGAAUCUGUUCGCCGCGCGGAGUGUCCGCAGUGUUGGACGAGUCGGCCGACGGUUAUGUCAAAUCAGAGGCCGUUUGCUGUCUGUUUCUACAGCGCCGUCAAGACGCCCGCCGUGUGUACUCACAUGUCGUGUCCGCACGAGUGAAUGUUGACGGGCGGAAAAAGGCUGGAAUGUUUUAUCCAUCGGCCGACACACAGGAGCAACUAAUGAGACAGAGUUGUAAGUUAGCUGCAAUUGACCCUCCGAGUCUGACAUACUUUGAGGCUCAUGCAACGGGAACCAAGGUUGGUGAUUUGCAAGAAAUCAAAGCGAUUUACAACUCGUACUGUGAAGGCCGGACUGAACUAUUGCCUGUGGGGGCGUUGAAAAGCAAUAUGGGUCACUCGGAGGCCGCCUCUGGUGUCAGUUCGGUAGUCAAAGUGAUGAUUGCAUACGAGAAUGAAUGCAUUCCUCCAAACAUUAACUUUAAUAAAUUAAAGACAGAAUUAAAGCGAUAUUUUCCACCACUACUGGCAGUUACUGAGAAAUAUCCAUAUAAUCCUGUGCAACCUCUCCAUAAGAAACGGGCAGAUGCAUAG